CUGCUGGCGGCGCCGCCCGGCCUGGAGGACUUGCAGGCCAUGGAUGAUUCGGGAGUGAGCCUCCUGGACCAGUCUGUGAUCAAGAAAGUCCCCAUCCCCUCCAAAGCCAGCAGCCUCUCGGCCCUCUCACUGGCCAGAGACAGCCUGGUUGGCGGCAUCACGAACCCCAGUGAGGUCUUCUGCUCCGUGCCAGGCCGGCUGUCGCUGCUCAGCUCGACAUCCAAGUACAAGGUGACAGUGGGGGAGGUCCAGCGGCGACUCUCGCCUCCCGAGUGCCUCAACGCCUCACUCCUGGGUGGUGUCCUUCGCAGGGCCAAGUCCAAGAAUGGAGGCCGCUGCCUGCGGGAACGGCUGGAGAAGAUUGGACUCAACUUGCCAGCUGGCCGACGCAAGGCCGCCAACGUGACGCUGCUCACUUCACUGGUGGAGGGAGAGGCCAUACACCUGGCCCGAGACUUCGGCUACAUCUGUGAGACCGAGUUCCCAGCCAAGGCAGCUGCCGAGUACCUGUGCCGACAGCAUGCUGACCCUGGGGAACUGCACAGCCGCAAGAACAUGCUGCUGGCCGCCAAGCAGAUCUGUAAGGAGUUUGCAGACCUGAUGGCUCAGGACCGCUCGCCACUGGGCAACAGCCGCCCUGCUCUCAUCCUGGAGCCGGGAGUGCAGAGUUGCCUGACACACUUUAGCCUCAUCACCCAUGGUUUCGGUGGGCCAGCCAUCUGUGCUGCCCUCACCGCCUUCCAGAACUACUUGCUGGAGUCACUCAAGGGGCUGGACAAGAUGUUUCUAAGCAGUGCGGGCAGUGGGCAUGGUGACACUAAAGUUUCAGAGAAGGAUGCCAAGCAUCGGAAAUAACCGCUUCCCAGGCCCCAUCCCUAAGGGGCUCCCAAGGCCUGAAAUAAGGUCUUAGCUCCUGGGGGUGGGCCUGAAAGGAUUAAAAGGAAGGGUUAGAGUAAGGCCAGAAAGAGAGCAUUCAUCCAGAGACCCCCGAGUUAGGGACCUGGGCUGGAAAAGGUGGGGAUGGCCUCUCUGUGGUGGUUUGAUAAGGGCCCUGUUGUUUGCAAUUUUCUGACCCUGGAUUGCUAAGUGCUUGAACAGGAAAUUGGCAUGGUUCUUGGGGCUGAGCCCUCCCAUUAGGGUGCUUGGGCAGUGGUGGGUACUCUUAGGGUCCAAGGCCUUGCUGUUUUUACUGAUGGCAGGAGGAAAACUGUUGACAAACCAGAGGUGCUACUGAGGAGUUGGCACCCUUCAUCCCAGAAUCUUGAUCCUCAAAAAAGGGGUGCUGGCAGGAAAACUCCAAUGGGUUCUUUGGACCUCUCCCACUCUUGGAAAGAAGUGGGCAAGAACAAAGAAGACAAAGCACAAACUGUAGAACUUGAAUCCAGGCUGCACUUCACAGCCCUGUCAUUGUCUGCCCUAUUUAUUUGUGUGUUGAAAUUAAAUUUGAAAGUUUUAAAAUGUCCAGCGCAACUGAUUUAUCCCAAGUUGAAGAUUCGUUUCACUAUUUUCUGCUCAUGCUCCGAGAUGUCCAGCUAGACCAGGAUGGAGAGGGUGUUUCGGUUCAAAGGAGUGUUGGGGGACAGGGAGCCAGAGGGAAGACAGACGUGUUAGGGACCCUGAGGUUGUCGCUGGGAUUUUGUAUUUGCUUGUUUCCUUUGACUCUGCGGGUCGAUGCACCUCCCCAACCCUCAGAAUGCUUUCUCAUUCUCUUAAUAAAACCUUUCCAUUGAAUGUGAAGCCCCUUUCUCCCCCUUCAGCCCAGGUCUGGACUUGCCUCCCAAGGGAGAGUCCUAGGAGGGGCCUGUGUGAGAUGGGGUGCAGAUGGUGGGUCUAUUUGGCUUGUCAGUGUGGCUUUUAGUUCUGUGUGUGAAGUGACUCCUGGGUCUGUAUGUACAUUAUUGUGACUUGGUGGGCCUGUGCGAAUGUGUCAGUCAUGGGUGGUGGGUCUGUAUGUGUGUCUGUGUGAAUGCUGGUGACUGUGUGUGUGUGUGUGUGUGUGUGUGUGUGUGUGAUUUAAGCCAAUACUAACCCAGCUCUCUCAUCUCCUUGAGGAUUUCACUCUUUAGGCAUCAUUUCUUUCCUGCAUCAUCAGUCCCUCCCUAUAACUAGUUUACUAUAUCAUUCCCCAAAGCACCCAUGUUCUAAGACCUCUGACCUUACAAAACAUUAAUCCUUUCCCCAUAUAUUUCCCUGGCAGUAAAGUUUUUGAAAGUUUGUUAUACCCCUAACCCCACUUCACUCUUCAACCCACUUCAAACGGUGGUACUAAAGGUUGAACUAGCUAUGGUCAUACGAAUCAUCUUUUCCCUCAUUCAUACAAUAAUUAACUUUCUUCUUAUGGUAUAAAGCAUUUAUCAUUGGUGUAUUAAAGUGUAUGACAUUUAAAUCUGAUGGUAACACUGUUAACACACAUGUUCUGAUCUGCAGGUAGUAUCGUAGAGAUGAUAUUUCACUUCAUAAAUGUUAGAAAUGCAAAAUCGCAGGCCACACCCCAAACAUGCGAAGCUAUAGGGGUAGGACCCAGAAAGCUAUGUUUCAAUUAAGCCCACCAGAGGACUGGGAUGUGUGCUGUUUGAGGAUCACUGCCUCAAAGAAACUUUAAUCCAGGGGUUCUCUGUCAGGACUGAGGAUAAGAAUUAUUUGGGAAGCUUUAAGUAUUCCUAGCCCCAAACAUACUUAGUUGAAACCUGGGAGUGAGUGCAGCCUUAUUUUUAAAGGAGGGUGUGUGUGUGUGUACAUGUGCACAUUUUACACUGGAACAGCAUAUCUGAAGUUUCCUCUGGGAGGGGAAGCAGGUGAUCGAAUUUUAGGGACAAGAGAAACAUUUUUUACUAUGUGUCUUUAUACUCUGUGCAUUUUUUUACUAAGUGCACAUAAUACCUAUUUAUAUUAAUUAUUUUAAAUUUUUUUUAGCUUAGGGGGAAGAAUCACUGCUUUAGAAGGAAUGAGACAUUAGCCAGCAUGAUAUACGAAUGAGCUAGAUGGGAAAGAAGUCAGGCAGUGAAAUAGAAUCUGGGGGUGUUGGGCUGCUAAGGGGCAAUCAGAGCAUGAACAGAGGGAAAGUAACAGGAGGAAAGACAGUCUCGGCCAAAAGUCCAAGCAGAUAAUCCUUUCUCCAUUUCCUUCCUGAGUAAUGUCAGGUAAACUGAGAUUCAAACCAGAGAGCUCAAUUUAUCCAUAGUCAGCUUUAUUCUGAAUUAACCAUAUAUCAAGAGUGCACGUCAGGAGAGUAGAAAAAAAUAAACGAGCUCGUCAAAAAAAGUUCCCUGGCAAGUGGGGGAGAGG